GAACGUUGGUGUUGGUUGUCAAAAUUCACAUGAUUCUCACUUGUAUCAUUCAAAUGCAGAAAUAGAGAGAAAAAAGAAAUAAAAUUAAAAAUUAAAACGUUACCCCAAAAAGUUAGAUAUCAUCAACAAAGUCAUAUAGAAGAAUCAAGAACUACCUCAAACACGGGUAUCCCUUUUCUCUGAUAACUUUCUGUGCAACUUUUCUUCUUCCCUUCUUCUAUUCAAUAUUAACUUCACCAUUUCAUUGCUUCAAAGUGAAAAAGAGAAAAUUGUUUUUUCUGCUAAUUAUUUUUGAGUCAUCAACAUGGAUAUUUCACAUAGAAAGAGAACUUUGCUUAAGGUUAUCGUCCUUGGAGAUAGUGGGGUGGGGAAAACGUCUUUGAUGAAUCAAUAUGUUUAUAAGAAAUUUAGCCAACAGUAUAAAGCCACGAUUGGAGCUGAUUUUGUUACAAAGGAGAUACUAGUUGACGACAAACUAGUAACCUUGCAAAUUUGGGAUACAGCAGGACAGGAAAGGUUUCAUAGUCUUGGAGCUGCAUUUUAUAGAGGGGCAGAUUGCUGUGUUUUGGUAUAUGAUGUAAAUAUACACAAAACAUUUGAUACAUUAAACAAUUGGCAUGAUGAUUUUCUUAAACAGACAGAUACAGAAAAUCCUGAUGCAUUUCCCUUUGUAUUACUCGGGAACAAGGUUGAUGUAGAUGGUGGAAACAGUAGAAGGGUUACUGAGAAGAAAGCUAGGGAAUGGUGUGCUUCUAGGGGUAACAUACCAUAUUUUGAGACCUCUGCAAAAGAGGGAUACAAUGUUGAUGAUGCAUUUUUAUGUGUUGCUAAAGUUGCAUCACAAAAUGAACGUGAUCUAGAUAUUUAUUUCCGUGGAAUAUCUGAAACUCCUUCAGAACCAGAACAACAAAGUGGUUGUGCAUGCUAAAGUUGAUGUCCAAGGAUGAAUGAAUUCUAAGGACAUGAUUUUUGUUCUUUGGUAAAGUAUCUUUAGAUGAUCAAGUUGUGUUCAUUUUUUCUGAUAUAGAAAUUGGCACAGAUCCUAUCUAUGGGGUUUCUACUAUCCUAAACCCUUCUAUGUUUUUCUUUGGGGUUAACUUGUAUUUUUUGAAUUUUCAUGCUCUAGCCAAAUUUGUUACCAUGUAACAUUUUGUAUAUUUUAUGGGAAAUAUUUUGUAUCACAAAAGAAUA